AUGAAUGUGCGGAAGGCGGUGGAGAUGCACUUGGAGAUGAAUGAACUCUUCCAAACAGCGCUUAUGGAAUUCAAUUCCCGCUGUGCGGCGGCUGGUGCUCCCACUUCGGCCAGUAUCGUAUCAUUACAGAUUGUUUACCAAACUAUUGCUUCGACACCACACAGUGUUGCCAAAGAUUUCAAUAAUCUGUUAGCUAUUGCUGCGGCCACCGAAGUGGAUUUCAAGGAAGCUGCUGGCAUCAAGGAGUUCAUCAAGAACCCUAGCAAGUUUGUUGCUGCUGCUGCUGACUCUGUUCCAGCUACUGGUGCUGGCGCUGCUGCCGAAAAUAAAGAAGAACCCAAAAAGGAGGAGUCGGAGUCUGAGGAAGACGACGAUAUGGGUUUCGGUCUCUUCGACUAAACAGCUCAACUG